GGAGCGGAGCGGAGGAUGCAGCAGCCGCAGCCGCAGGGGCAGCAGCAGCCGGGGCCGGGGCAGCAGCUGGGGGGCCAGGGGGCGGCGCCGGGGGCCGGGGGCGGCCCAGGCGGGGGCCCGGGGCCGGGGCCCUGCCUGAGGCGGGAGCUGAAGCUGCUCGAGUCCAUCUUCCACCGCGGCCACGAGCGCUUCCGCAUUGCCAGCGCCUGCCUGGACGAGCUGAGCUGCGAGUUCCUGCUGGCUGGGGCUGGAGGGGCCGGGGCGGGGGCCGCGCCCGGACCGCAUCUCCCCGCACGGGGGUCGGUGCCUGGGGAUCCCGUCCGCAUCCACUGCAACAUUACGGAGUCAUACCCUGCUGUGCCCCCAAUCUGGUCGGUGGAGUCUGAUGACCCUAACUUGGCUGCUGUGUUGGAGAGGCUGGUGGACAUAAAGAAAGGGAAUACUCUGCUAUUGCAGCACCUGAAGAGGAUCAUCUCCGACCUGUGUAAACUCUAUAACCUCCCUCAGCAUCCAGAUGUGGAGAUGCUGGAUCAGCCCUUGCCAGCAGAGCAGUGCACACAGGAAGACGUGUCUUCAGAAGAUGAAGAUGAAGAGAUGCCCGAGGACACAGAAGACCUAGAUCACUAUGAAAUGAAAGAGGAAGAACCAGCUGAAGGCAAGAAAUCUGAAGAUGAUGGCAUUGGAAAAGAAAACUUGGCCAUACUAGAGAAAAUUAAAAAGAACCAGAGGCAAGAUUACUUAAAUGGGGCAGUGUCUGGCUCGGUGCAGGCCACUGACCGGCUGAUGAAGGAGCUCAGGGAUAUAUACCGAUCACAGAGUUUCAAAGGUGGAAACUAUGCAGUUGAACUCGUGAAUGACAGUCUGUAUGAUUGGAAUGUCAAACUCCUCAAAGUUGACCAGGACAGCGCUUUGCACAACGAUCUCCAGAUCCUCAAAGAAAAAGAAGGCGCAGACUUCAUCCUACUUAACUUUUCCUUUAAAGAUAACUUUCCCUUUGACCCACCGUUUGUCAGGGUUGUGUCUCCAGUCCUUUCCGGAGGGUAUGUUCUGGGCGGAGGUGCCAUCUGCAUGGAACUUCUCACCAAACAGGGCUGGAGCAGUGCCUACUCCAUAGAGUCAGUGAUUAUGCAGAUCAGCGCCACACUGGUGAAGGGAAAAGCACGAGUACAGUUUGGAGCCAACAAAUCUCAAUACAGUCUGACAAGAGCACAGCAGUCCUACAAGUCCUUGGUGCAGAUCCACGAAAAAAACGGAUGGUACACACCCCCAAAGGAAGAUGGCUAACCCCGGAGUGUCGUCCCCUUCCUCCUUCCCCAGGCACCACUGGACCAAUUACCUUUGAAUGCUGUAUUUGGAUCUUACGCUGCCUCUGUGGUUCCCUCCCUCAUUUUUCCUGGACGUAAUAGCUCUGCCUAUUGCAGGACAAUGAUGGCUAUUCUAAACGCUAUGGAAAAACAAACAAACCAUACACACACAACUGUUUCAAGUACUCAAGACUGACGUACAGACCAACCAACCACCUGGCUGGAACCCUUGCUAGCAGGCAUUCUUAUAAAAGAAACUUUCGAGCCUCCUUAUAUUGCUGGAAACUCAGCUGUGCUCCAGACUAGAGCCUCCUUUACCUAUGCUAUGGAUUUUUAAUUUAUUUUCUCUUAUUUCAUGUACACUGCUUUUUUUGGUUACAGUGUAUGAUGGAUGUGUAUGAAAAAAUGUAUCUUUGGGAAAACAAUUACAGUUUGUUAAUUUGAAGAUGCUAGUCUUGACUCAUCUUUAUUUUUAUUCCAACAUCCCACCCCACCCCCAUCCCCUGAACUACUUGGGUGGUGGGGGAGGGGUAGAGAUGAGAGGCUGCACUUCACCACUAAAGCCAGAGAAAGGUGGAGCUGAAGCACAUGCCUGGCGCUCAGAUUUCUUCUGAAGGCCUAUGGAGUGACCAGCAUUUGCCCCCCUUGGCAUGCAGAGCCUGGCCCACUGAACAGCAGUGUAGCAGGCUGAAAUGAUAACCUUAAUUCUUAGGACUAUUUUUCUCUUUUAGUCACAGAUGCUUUCAAAUUUCUAAGAAAAAAUUGGGAAGGUGCUUAAGAGGCUGUUUCACAGAAUUGCUUUUAAAUGAAUUGAGUAGAGUUGGGGGCACAGUCUCAAGUGUGUGCUCGGUCACGCUGGUCUCAGCAUGCUACAACGCUGGUGUUGGCUGGUCCCUCCCUCCCUGGAAAGGGUUUCUAGCUAGCACUGAAGGGAGCAUGUGGGUAGUGUCUCUGCUCACCCUCCUAUCUCUUGCUUUGCUUGGUCUUGUAAGAGAAAGCAGGCAUAACUCUGAAAUUGUUUAGCUUGAAGAAUUGUGGAUUCUUUCAAGCCACUCCUGUAAGGUGGGUCCUCUGAGAAGGUUAGCUUUAAGGGGGUUGUUGUAUAUACCUGUGUCCUUGCCCCAGGCUCUGGGAACUGCUGGGGGAAAGGGAGAGUGAGGCGGGAAAUCUGCUGAGCUCGAACUGUCGGUGUGUUGUCUGUACAUGCUGUUUAAAAGUACAGGCAUCAUGGUGUCUGUGUGACAUGAGCUGCCUGCCUCCCCUGGUCAGCUUGCUUUGGGGUUGACACAGGCUCUUAGGGACAGACUAUGCCUACAGACUGGAUGAUGACUACAAUGACAAAAGCCAGAGAUGGCUAAAUGAAGACGCUAGACUCAGAAAGCCCAGACCUGAGACAGCUGCCUGGGAACCUGUGGGAUAUCAGGAGUUCUGUAAUGCUUUGUUUUAACAUUGGUCAUUUCCCCCCAUUUUCUGUUAAGGGAUUAAUGUGUUGCUGCUUCAGGUGGAUAGAGAGUUCAACAGCCCCCUCGAUGCUGCUCUAACUCUACCCACACCCACCUGCCAUGGGGUGCUAAAAAAUGCUAAGGUUUAGAUAAAGUGGGGACCCCAGAGCUGAAAUCUGGUUUCCAAGGCCUCUGUGGCUUUCUUCUGAACUUAUCACCAGCCCUGGCUGAAAUGUAGAUUGUGUUUUAGUAAUGUGUACUGUGAGCUGUCCUCUGUAUAAUG